CCAGAAGUGUCAACCGCUGGUUGCAGAGUUAUUUGGGGAGACAGGUGAAUCGCUUUAACCUGAGGACAAACAAAAAAACGAAGCUGAGAUACGACGCAUUGAUGACUGCCACACACAUCCGACGAAGGAUGUGACAACAACCACGAUGCGUGAAACAACAGCACAUUUUGGACAGUUUUCGUUCACGGCCCUAGCUACCUAGCUAAGCUAACUUAGCCGGAAGCUUGCGAAGCCAGUUUGUCAGCUUUCAUCGUGGGACCAUGUUUUGAGCGCGACCUGAAUUCCAUGUGACAUCUUAAAAUUUCCACCCUACGCACCUGGGUGCAGUCUGCAGACACUUACUUGUAGCUGGGCUUCCAUCACUUUAACGCACGAUGUGGCUACAGCAGAGACUGAAGGGGCUACCGGGCUUGUUAUCAAGCAGCUGGGCAAGAAGACUCCUCAUCGGACUGCUGCUCCUGCUCAUCUUCUACUGGUACCUGGGAGCGGAGCGCAGGUGGAGGCUCUUCAGCGGCUCGGCCAUGCCCGGUGGGGUGGCUGGACAGUGCCUACUGGCUGAGAUCCACAGGUGGAAGUCUAUCGUAGACCGAGGAGAGGGGAUAUACAGCACACCUCAGGAACAACUAGACACACCUUUUGUAUCAGGUAACGGCCAUAUUCUGAUUGACAUUGACUCUAACAAACUGUGGGUAGCGUCGUCUUCACAGCCCGGCUCGGCUCCGGUCCACCAGACUGAAUAUUCGCCGAGAGUCGGCGUCCACCUGGAGGGGAAGCGGGCCGAGGCUCAGGCCAGCAUGCUGUGGUUCCGGAAAGGAGCCGUGCUGUUGGUGCGCUGUGCUUCACCAGCUGCUCUGCAGUCAGCCCGGGACUGUGUCACCAUCAGAGAGGAGUUUAUCGCGCACAGAAGCAGACCUAACGUGUAUCUCCAGAGAAUCCACAUCAACAACCCAUCUGACAGGGCCGCCUCCCUGGACGUUUCCUCUGACAAUCCCUCCUUCGGUAGCAAGUUCUCCACCAGUGUGGAGAAACUGGAGGACAGAGAGAUAGUGCUCUCCUCCGGCAGAGUGCCUGUGGAGAACAACCGGAUGGUGCUGGUGGUGGUGGUCACCAAGAAGCUGAGCAGCAGGAUUCAGGUCUCUGCUAAAUCAGAGCACACAGAACACAUUCUCUCAGUGGUGUGGACCUCAGAGCCCAUCGAGCCGUCCAAGCUGGAGGAGACUUUCAGCACCCUCAGAGAAGGAGCCAAAAAAGAAUUGGGGGAGCUGCUUAGGGCCAGUGUCGAUGAGCUGGUUGUAGACCACCAGCAAGCCUGGAUGGACCUCUUCAUUUCAGGUGUUGAAAUGAGGAAGAUCACUGACUCCCACACACCGUCCAGCCGCACAGUGAACACCACCCUCUACUAUAUCCUCUCUUCCUCCACGGCUCCUCUGCUGGACCGGAGGCUGAGCGGCGAGGAGCGCGCUCGUCUCGAGUCCAGCCUGAACUACGCAGACCACUGCUUCAGCGGCCACGCCACCAUGCACGCAGAGAACCUGUGGCCCGAGCGUGUGAGCAGCGCGGCACAGAUCCUGCAGCUGGUCACACUGUGGACUCUGACUCUGCAGAAGAGGGGCUGCAAGGUGCUGGUGGCGGCAGGAGCCCACGGAGCCAUGCAGGGUAUGGUGCUCAGCUUCGGCGGCCUUCAGUUCACAGAGAACCACCUUCAGUUUCAGGCCGAUCCAGACGUGCUGCACAACAGCUACGCCCUGAGAGGGAUCCACUACAACCAGGAUCUCAUUAACCUGGCGGUUCUGCUGGACGCGGAGGGGAAGCCUUUCCUCCAUGUGUCGGUGAAGCCUCAGGAGAAGCCGGUGAAGCUGUACGCCUGCGAGGCCGGCUGCCUCAACGAGCCUGUGGAGCUGACGUCAGAGAUCAAAGGUCACACCUUCCCUGUGAUGGUAACUCAGCCCAUCACGCCGAUGCUCUACAUCUCCACAGACCUGCGCCAUCUGCAGGACCUCCGACACACCCUGCACCUUAAAGCUAUCCUGGCCCAUGAGGAGCACAUGGCCAACAGGUACCCGGGCCUGCCGUUCCUGUUCUGGUUCAGCGUGGCCUCGCUCAUAACUCUAUUCCACCUUUUCCUCUUCAAGCUCAUAUACAACGAGUACUGUGGCCCCGGCGCCAAGCCUCUCUUCAGGAGCAAGGUCGCCAGCAAAGCUGAGGAUGGCUGCUGCGACACCAGGACUGCUGCCUGAACACAGCGGUACUGUGCUCUCGACGUGUUACAGCUUUAAUAACUUACUGAUUUCAGAGGGAAUGACGUCUGCUGUGGAGCGACACAGCUCAAAGAUGUGUUGAUGAGAAGACAGAGAAGCACGUGUGUCUGCACAGUCUAGUCUGUAAGUAUUUCAACAGUUACAUUUUGUGUAAGUGCGCUACAGCACGUUCAAUUUGAAAUAACACGUAGCGCCCAAAUUGUAGGGGUUGAAAAGUAAAGGACACUUGGUUAAUACAUCUUGGUUGUUGGCUCAGAGCUGAUUGUGAUGCAGUGAUCUGACGGUAUGAGGCGUAAAGCCAAAAGCAAAAACUAUCAGAGAUAUCAAAGGUUUGCGUACUUUCUGAAAAUGUUCAGGAGAAAUAGAAAAUGUGAAAUGAGCCGGUCAAAGAAAAUCAUUUACAAACAUAGAAACCACACAAACGGGAACAGUAGAGAUGUGCAACCAAGGUCUAUAGACUGAUGAAACAAAUUCAAAAUUAAGGAAAGAGGAAAAUGUGGAGGAAAAAGAACAGCUCACCUCCACCUCUUCUGUCAGACAUGGAGGUUCUGUUACGACUCCACUGUCAUUUACUGAUGAUUUCACUGAUGACAGACGCAGCAGGAUGCAGACUGAGGUCUACAGGAGCAGUCUGUGGAUCCAAUCAGAGAAAUGUAUUAAACCACAUUUCACCAUUCAGCAGGACAAUGAUCUCAAACAAACAUCAGAAGAACCAAAGAGACUUCAGGCAAUCACAAAAUAUUAAAUUUGAUGGUUUUGAUUGUGUAUCUGUCCAAUUACUUUUAAACCACUGAACUUUGGUCACUAUGUGUUAAAAGGUUCUCUCACACAGUUCUUUCCAUAAUGUAAUCCUGCUCAAAUUAAAGCUGUGACAUUGCACUUUAAUGUAAUCUCCAUUAUUUCAUUUCACAUUGAAUGUGCUGAAGCGAAGCUGACGAACAAUGUGUAACUGUUGAAAUACCUGCGUCUGGACUCUACGUUACUUUAAAACCAGGAGAUACUGAGUUUAAUUUCACAUAGGAUUAAAAACAGCAAAUAUUCACAUUUCAAAAAUUGGAACCAGUUAACAGAAUUUCCUGUUGAACCAGCUGCAUCUUGAAGUUUGUACAUGUACAAAAUAUAAACAGAGGGAACCACAGUCACUUUACCUAAGAUUUUAGGGUACUCCACCUAUUCAGCAUGGCGCUCCUCUAACUCAAUGUGACCCCAACACCCCCCAAUUUGAAUGAAAGACAAGAUGGAAGAAGUCAAAAUAAUGACGAUGGGUUUUGUUGUAUACGACCAGGCGCAGCAGCUCUGUGCGGCUGUUCUUCAGCCUGCUCACAUUAAGUUCUAUUCAAAACUCUUUUGCAGAGGCAGGUAGAACAGCACAUGCUCACAAUUAUGUUUAUUACACCGACCCUCUGAGUUUAGCAUGCGAACGUGUGAUAAUUAGCACUAUUAAUGUCUAUAUAACAUUAUAUAAUGAUCCCUGUAGUAGUAGUUUCAGUCUGGAUCAAAGUGGAGGCCUUACUGACGGAGUGACAGCGGUAUCCAUGGAAACGUGGCUGAAAACCACCAUGUUAAUGGCUGUGUGAAAACAUUGUUGAUAUAACACCUACAACAUAACUCAGAUGUGCGCAGAAAGCUUCUCAGCCUGAGGUUUAAAUCUCACAGCCAACAGACACCACAGCUGUGCACACUGUCACCUGCAGGGCAGUGCAGUGGGAACUGUUUCAGAUUUCCAGCAGGUGAAAUGAAACAAAUUAUUUUUCAGUUUAGUUAAGUUUUGGCUAAACUUAGAUUUGCUCUGAUUGUUUGAAGUGAUUUCCACAUCUUUCAGAUUGUUCUGAUAGUUCAGGUUUUGUUUGUAGAUAAUGAGACGAAGGGCCGUUUUUCUCAUAAUGAUUCAAGCAUGUUGCACUUAUGGCCACACCCCAGUCAGGGAUGUCACAGCUGGUCUUUUCAAUAGGCUUUCAAGGGCUGAAUACCCACUUCAAAGUUUUAAUCCAGAAGUCACCGUAUGUUACGAUCAACGUUACACUUUUUGAUUUGAGGCAAAUUUUGCGUGACCUUCAAAACACAACUGUCUUCAUAAAAUGUGUUUACAUCUAAAUGUAUAUAUAAUGUAAAUGACAGUUAUUAAUUCAUACUGGCUGUUCAACAUAUUCUUAUUCUGACACACCAAGUUAAUUUUAUGGUACGAUAAGUAAAUAUUAAUAAGGUACAAAUUAUGUGUUCGGGACGUUUUCUUUUUCAUGUCUAUUUAUGAUUUAUGUGUUGUCUCAGAUUCAGAAUAUUUGAGGAUUGUUCUGGCUGUGGGUUUAUUCAGUCACUGUUUUUCAUGUGAACUACUGACGGUGCCUUAAUGAAGACAUUAAUGGAAGAAGUUAAUUUAUUGAGCUCAUUAUCUGAUGGGAUUGUACUUGAAUGAUUGGUGAUCAUGUAUGUUAAAUAAAUCACAAUAAUUGUGAGAAACUGCAUAAUUA